AUGCCUGCCGGCAACGACAUCGGGCAGCUGUCCCUGCGACAGGCUUACAAGUGCUUCAACAAGAAGUUGUUGCUCACUUGCUGCCUCGUCGCCAUCUCGCCUUUCAACUAUGGCUUCGACAACCAAGGUUUCUCCAGCAUCCAGAGCAUGGACUACUUCGACAAGCAGUUCGGCGACUAUGAUCCCAAGACCAAAGCGUGGUACCUGCCCACGUGGUGGCUGUCCAUCUUCAACGCUGUGCCCUUUGCAAGCUUCUUCUGUGGCAUCAUCUGCGGCAGUAUCAUCAGUAAGAAGUUUGGACGCCGAGCUUGCAUCUUCUUCAUGGCUUGCUGGGCCCUCAUGUCUGCCUCUGUCAUCAUCUCCGCUAGAUCCAGGGGUCAGAUCCUUGCUGGCCGUAUCCUCAACUUCUUCUACGUCGGCAUGGAACUCGUCUGCAUCGCCGUCUACCAAUCCGAAAUUACACCCCGCAAGGUUCGAGGUGUGACCGUCGGUGCUUACCACGUUGCCUUGACCACUGGCGGAUUGAUCUUGAACUCUCUCGCGGCUGGCACAAAGGAGAUUAAGAGCAACGCCUCAUGGAUUAUCCCCUUCGGUCUCUUCUUCACCAUCCCUACCAUUAUUGUGUCCACAAUCUGGUUCCUUCCGGAGUCUCCCAGAUGUCUCAUCAUGCAAGAACGAACCGAGCAGGCCCGCAAGAACCUGCACGUGCUCCGUGUCGGUGCCUUAACCGAAGAACAAAUCGAGGAAGAGUGGCAGCAAAUGCUGCUUGGUAUCAGACAAGAAGAAGCCAUCAGCAAAAAGGGGUGUAAUGUCUCUUCGUCGGCGCCAACAAGUGCCGCACCCUCACUGUCAUCUUCAUCAACGUCUUCCUCCAGUGCACGGUUCUACAUGCUCAUCAUCAUGGCCAUCAUCAACAUGUUCCUGGGCUUCGUGGUCAUAUACGCCCAGGAUCGCAUCGGCCGCAGAAAGCUGCUUUUCAUUGGAGGGGGUGUUCAGGCCUCAGCCAUGAUUUGCAUGGGGGGUCUGGGCACAGCGCCUGACCAGUCACUGCCCAUCCGCAAUGCCGUGGUGUCCAUGAUGGUCAUUUACAUUUCCGGCUACACUGCUGGCUGGGCGGGUGUCACGCAAACCAUGAACGCCGAGAUCCCUAGCACGGAACUGCGUGCCGCAACAUUCCGCGUGGCUUCCAUCACUGCUGUUGUUUGCCAGAUCGUCAUGACCUUUGUCAUCCCCUAUCUUCUCAACGCGCCGUACGCUGCUCUGCACGUCAAGACGGGCUUCAUCUUUGGGGCCAUCACCGUUUGCGGCCUUGUGUUCACGUACAUGUUCGUGCCGGACUGCAGGGGCAGGUCGCUUGAAGAUAUCGACGUCCUGUUCCACUCAAGUGUUCCCGCACGUCGGUUCCACAAGGUUGACGUGGGCACGUUGCGCGAGCACAUAGACGGACAUGAUAUGAAGCACGUGGAAACGCUCAAAGAUGAGACAGUGACUCACACCGAGGAGGCAAAGCCUCAGGUCUAA